GGGGCCUCGGCCUCAGGCCUCAGCCACAUUCAAACCGACACCGGCGGCGCCAUGAGCCCUCAGGAUGAUCCAGCCUUGGAAAGGCACUUCAAAGGUCACCGAGAUACCAUCACAAGCGUUGACUUUAACCCAAACAUGAAGCAGUUGGCGACAGGCUCGAUGGAUUCCUGCCUGAUGAUCUGGAACCUGAAGCCACAGAUGAGAGCAUACCGCUUUGUCGGCCAUAAGGAUGCCAUCCUGUCCAUCCAGUUCUCACCGUCUGGGAACCUGGUGGCUUCUGCCUCCCGGGACAAAACAGUCCGCCUCUGGGUGCCCAGCGUGAAGGGCGAGUCCACGUUUUUUAAAGCUCACACAGCGACCGUGCGCAGCGUACAGUUCUCCUACGAUGGGCAGACGCUGGUCACCGCCUCCGAUGACAAGACCAUCAAAGUGUGGGCCGUGCAUCGGCAGAAGUUCCUCUGCUCUCUGAACCAACACAUCAACUGGGUUCGCUGUGCCAAAUUUUCUCCAGACGGGCGGCUCAUCGUCUCUGCCAGCGAUGAUAAAACUAUUAAAAUUUGGGAUAAAGCGAUGAGAGAGUGUAUCCAUUCCUUCUACGAGCACGGAGGCUUUGUUAACUACGUGGAUUUUCACCCAAGUGGCACAUGCAUCGCUGGAGCCGGGACAGACAACACUGUGAAGGUCUGGGACGUGCGGAUGAACAAGCUCCUGCAGCAUUAUCAAGUGCAUGCCGCUGUGGUAAACAGCCUGUCCUUCCAUCUCACCGGCAACUACCUGGUCACUGCUUCAAAUGAUUCCACCCUGAAAAUACUGGACCUGUUGGAGGGCAAGUUACUGUACACCUUGCACGGCCAUCAGGGUCCCGCUACCUGUGUGGCUUUUUCCAGAGAUGGUGACUACUUUGCUUCAGGUGGUUCAGAUGAACAGGUCAUGGUGUGGAAGAGUAAUUUUGACAUUGGAGACCCCGGCGAUGUGCUAAGGAAUCAGGCCAGCACUCCUUUUGUGAACUGUACGCUAAAGACAUCAAGAGGAGUGGGUUCAACCCCACAACAAGAGUACGUAAAGGCAGGGGCCGCAGAGCAGCUCCCGGACAGCAACUACACAAAGACAAGGGCAGCAGGUCCCGAUACAGGAAACCAGAGCUACUCGAUCAGGGAGGUGCCACCAUAUACCACGUCUGCUCCAACCGUCAACCAGUCGCUUCAGCCAGAAAUGGCAGCCAUCCCCCUAACCCUGGCCAACACCUUGGAGCAUAUCGUAACACAGCUGGAUGUGCUGACUCAGACUGUCGCGAUCCUGGAACAGAGGCUGACACUGACCGAGGACAAACUGCGGGAGUGUCUGGAGCGAGUCCCUGUGAGUGUGAGGCCCACUGACUGAUCACAGCAGGGUGGGGUGGGGUGGUGGGGGCACUGACUGAUCACGGUGGGGCCACACUCCUUACAUCACCUCCACCCUGUGAGUUAUUGUGUGUUAAUUAACAGUACCACCUCACUCACAUUUGUUGUUUUCAGGAAUAAUUUGUAUAUUUUUGUAUAUUUUGUAUAAGAGGAAUAUUUUUUCUCAAUUUAAUAAACAGUGUAUUUUACUCCAGGA